AACUGCCUCGUACACAAACACAACACAAGAGCCAAACACUAGACAACAAUCUCACUUCUGAAGUAAAGCCAUACGCAUGAACAUGAUGGAGGGCAGUGACGCAAACACUCUUGCUUCGCAAUCCCCCACUAAUUCCUCCUCUUCCACCCAGCAAGUGAUCGCCAGCCCUUGUGCCGCCUGCAAGAUUCUGAGGCGUAGAUGUGCCGACAAAUGCGUUCUCGCUCCCUACUUCCCUCCCACCGACCCUGCCAAGUUCACCAUCGCUCACCGUGUCUUCGGUGCCAGCAACAUCAUCAAAUUCCUCCAGGAACUUCCCGAGGGUCAGAGAGCUGAUGCGGUGAGUAGUAUGGUGUACGAGGCGAGUGCGAGAAUAAGAGACCCCAUAUAUGGGUGUGCUGGAGCCGUGUGCCAGCUUCAAAAGCAGGUGAAUGAGCUCCAAGCGCAGCUAGCCAAGGCUCAGGCGGAGCUCGUCAACAUGCAGUUACAGCAGGCCAAUCUGGUGGCUCUGAUUUGCAUGGAAAUGUCGCAGACCUCUUCCACUCCUCAGGAAUCUGAAUCGCCCCAGCAUUCCGUGGACAAUUUCAUUUCAACUCCUCCCCACGCCAACGCCAAUCAGAGCAAUCUCAACUUCUUCGACGACGGCGCGCUGUGGGAGCCUCUCUGGACAUGAACAUAAACUAUUUAUUAAUUUCUUAUUCUCAGCAUAUUACCUGAUUAUUAUAAAGUCAUUUGAUAAGUGUUUCCGAUGACAUUCUCCUAAGGAGAAGUUGAAGGAAACGAGUCCAGGGCAGCUAAAUAGGAACUAUAUGCUGUUAGGUCAUGGGGCGGCAAAGUUUACAGGAAGGUGUUGUAAUAUGGGAUUCAAUUCAAUCUUGUAGUGACAAGUUGUUCCUCCCUGCGAUCUCUGCAAUUGCAGCGUCGGAGAAAAAGGAAAAGGGCCUGUCGUGUUUCGGAGUCGCUCUCGUGCGCUGAUCUUUUGAGUCUUAAACACCUUUUUGGUCACCUAAUAUUGAUCAUUUUUAAAGGCUGGUGUUUCCUGGACGCUCAA